CAUAAGCUCUGUGAAGAUGGAUCAAACGUGUUUCGUCGCAGUGAUCUUGACCUUUUUGUUAUGCUUGGUACAUCCAGCUGCUCCAGAAGUCAAAGAAGCUGACUCCAACAACCUGAAGGUGGUAUCAGAAAGCAACAAUUACGCCACUAAUGAGUUCGAUUGGAGUUAUGGAUUGGAUGAUGGUCGUGAAGUUCGUUCAAACGCUUAUAAAAAGCAGCUGACAGACGGUCGAGAAAUUUUGGUUAUAACCGGGUUGUAUAGUUAUAUAGCAUCCAAUGGAGUAAAGUAUACCAUCACGUACUAUUCAGACGAAAAUGGUUAUCAUCCAACUGUUGUCGUUGGUGAUAAACCUUCAUAUACUGUUGAGCUGCAGCAUAUCGAUUCAAGACUUUUAGCUUCGCUAGUUGGAUAAUACAGAUUGACCUUCGGAAGCAGCAGAAGUAUUUUGUAAUGAUAAUUUGAAAACUUUCAAGUAAUAAGAGUUAAUUAUACAACAAAAAAGUUAAACUAGUAUGAA